CGUGACCGUCAGCCGUCAGAUAAAAAUCCCGAUUUUUUUUCCAGUUUUCGAGAUUUGCCGGAUAUCGCAGACCUGAAAAUAUGAAGUGGUAACGCGAACCAAACAUAACAAAUUCGCCCGAAUCCUAUCUUAUCUCCGUUGCGACGAGAUACCCGCCGAUACACAGGGGCGUAACGCCGAAAAUUCGUGCUCUGCGGUGGUCCUCUCUCGUCCUGCUAACUGGAAAUACGAGCGCAGGAUAAUCAAAAAUCGAUUUUCGCCCUUUGUCGCCGCAUAGGGCCGUCCCUUGACUCGCAGUUUCCGCGAUUCGGUCGCGCUUUACGCAUCGUCUGUGUGGUGUGGCUUGCUCUGGAUCGAAGCAGGCCGUAAAAUGGCGGAAGCUUUGGCCGAAGCUACAGGUGUGUCGAACACGAACCCCAAUGCCGAAAUUGUUAGGGGACAAGCCUUCGAAGUGGGGCCCCGCUACACUAACCUAGCCUACAUAGGCGAGGGUGCCUAUGGCAUGGUCGUAUCGGCGAAGGACACGCUGACCAAAACGAAAGUGGCCAUAAAGAAAAUAUCACCCUUCGAACAUCAAACCUACUGUCAGCGAACGCUCAGAGAGAUCAAAAUUCUCACAAGGUUCAAACAUGAAAAUAUAAUAGACAUUAGAGAUAUACUUAGGGCGGUCACCAUCGAUCAAAUGAAGGACGUUUAUAUCGUACAGUGUCUUAUGGAAACAGAUCUCUACAAGCUUUUGAAAACACAGAGGUUGAGUAACGAUCACAUUUGUUAUUUCCUUUACCAAAUUCUGCGAGGUUUGAAGUACAUCCACUCGGCGAACGUGUUGCACAGGGACCUGAAACCGAGCAAUUUGUUGUUAAACACCAAUUGUGACCUCAAAAUUUGUGAUUUUGGAUUGGCAAGAGUUGCAGAUCCUGAUCACGACCACACAGGGUUUCUGACUGAAUACGUUGCUACCAGGUGGUACAGAGCUCCAGAAAUCAUGCUCAAUUCAAAGGGUUAUACUAAAUCCAUAGAUAUAUGGUCGGUGGGUUGUAUAUUGGCGGAAAUGAUCGCCAAUAGACCCAUAUUUCCGGGUAAGCACUACCUCGACCAGUUGAACCAUAUUCUGGGCGUCCUAGGUUCACCGUCCCAGGACGAUUUGAACUGUAUCAUAAAUGAAAAGGCGCGAAGCUACUUACAAUCCCUACCUUACAAGCCCAAAGUACCUUGGGCCAAACUGUAUCCGCAUGCCGAUCCUAAGGCUCUGGAUUUGCUGGACAAGAUGCUCACGUUCAAUCCUCACAGACGGAUAGUAGUAGAGGAAGCUUUGGCACAUCCUUACCUGGAACAGUAUUACGAACCCACUGAUGAGCCAGUGGCGGAACAACCGUUUAGGUUCGACACAGAACUGGAUGAUCUACCCAAAGAUCACUUAAAAAGGCUCAUCUUCGAAGAGACGCUGCUGUUCAAGCAGAAGCAAAUAGAUGACCACAGCCAGAACAUCAACAACGCCUCAUAGUCAUUUGAGAUCAGCGUGUAAGAAUUGAGUUAUUUUUUAUGAGCUAUGUUGGGGUGAGAUAUAAAAGAUGGAGGGUUGUUUUCGAUUUUUAAGGCUUCAGAGUUGGUGGAAAUUUUUUUUGAAGUGAUGUCACAGGGCAAAACAAUUCAAUUUUUUUCCCUUAUUUUCGUUGAAAUUUUGUUCGUUAUUUCUGUUUUUAAAUCUUGCAAAAAGUAGGACAAUAUAUUUAAACAACAUUGUAUGCCACUUUUUCAAACAUGUUCUUCAAAUCUUUCAAUUAAUAAGAAGUUUUACUUCAAAGUCGUUGAACAAAAAUACUAAUAAAAUUAUUUUAUCAAAAAAUAUCUUAUGAAAAAAAUUAACUAGGACAAAAGGUGUUGUGAAAAUCGGGUUGAUAUAGUAUUUAAUAAAAAAAUAAAUUUCCUAAUAAGAGUGCAAUAUUCAAAUAUUUAAACUAUACAGAUUUUCUAUAGAAGAGACUACAAUUAUGACGUCACAAAUGAAAAAAAAUCUCCCCAACCUCUAGAACUAUUUAUACGUUUAUCUCCAUUUAAAAAAGUUGUGAAUUUGAAUUAUUAUUAAAAAGACACUAAAAGAAUGUCAAGAAAAAUUCAUAAAACUGACUGCUUUUCAGUAUUUUAGGCACUCGCUGGACGAAUUCAUUCAUUAUUAAUUAAUUAUUUAUUGUUUAUAAUUUUUUGUUGAAAAUAUCGAUUCCGCGGUCAAUUUCUAUUGUAUAGCGUUAAAUAAUUUGUUUAUAAAAAUGUUCCGUUUUUUUAUACGUGCGUCUUAAGUUGUAUAAGGGUGUGUUUAUAUAGGGAAUGAAUUAUUUUUUUGAUAACUAAAAUUUUUGAUGUUCAAACUUAUUUCUUGUACACCUCGUAUAUGUUUUAUUAGCUUAAAAUUUCGUUAGAAACAAUUUUUUCGAGCCUUUAUACAGGGUAUUAUCGCGAUAAGGUUAGACACUUUCAGAAAUAUAUAAAUUUCUUUUGUAAUAUAUUCCUGGUAUAAACGUACUCUUAAAACUUUGUCUACACAUAAAGUUUUGCCUGUCAGGUAACGUUGGAAGUUUUGCCUGUAGUUUUAUUAAUUAUAGCAUUAUGUUUAUGUAGUAUAUUACCGACAAAGCAAAAAGAAAAACUCAACGGAAAAAAAUUUCGUUACCUCUAAAAUGUUCUUGUUUUUUUCUUUUACACACAAGGUUUUUCUUGAUACGUUUUGACUGACAGGUAAAAUGCUACGUGUAGACCAAGCUUUAUAUUAAAAUAUUUUUCCCUUAUAUACAGGGUGGCGCACCUCAUUCGCCUAGGUUGAUUAUACGAAAACGUAAAGAUGUAGAAACAAAAUAUUUUAUGGG